AUGGCCAUCCGUACAGUUCCUGCAGAACUGAGCUUGGAUUUAAGACCCACUUUUGUUCCCAAAACCAUCACUGAUUUCUUCUACUAUCCCCCAAAACCAUCAAUGAUGGCACUGGCAGCAAUCAAAGAAGAGAAGGAAGACACUGUUAUGAAUAGACUCUCUCUUCUAACCCCUGGAUUGAAAAACUUGAGGGAAUCUAUAACCAGCUUCAACAGGGUAGUUCCCUCAUCUCCUCUGCUCUCCACACAAGCUUGCGUGCAGGAUCUUCAACAGCAACAAACUGAUAGAAAAAAAAAAAAAAAGUAA